UUACGAGUGAAUAACGCGACAACGUUUCACUCUUGGAGGAUAGUAAUACGCUUAGAAACACGAUAUACACAAAACUAUUUCUUUUCGAGGCGACUUGAUACAGCGGUUUGUUUCCGGCUAGCUUUAGGCUAGUUAAGAAGCUGCCAUUCAGACAGCUGCCCUUCCAGCAUCUUACUGCUCGGUUCGUUCUAAUGCCACGGGUUACAACAAUAAUAAACCGCAACAUGUUCGGAUUUUCCUUUCGAGAAUGCAGUGGGACAAAAUAAUGCAGGUCCAUAGACGUGCGUGUUGUGUGAAUGCUCUGACAUCAAUUCGCCAGGACGUCACCAUGAAUAAAAACAAAAGGGAGAAGGAAUUCUACAGUAUAGAUGUUGGAGAUUCAACAUUCACAGUUCUGAAGCGUUAUCAGAACCUGAGACCGAUCGGCUCAGGAGCACAGGGAAUAGUCUGUUCAGCAUAUGACCAACAUCUUGAAAGAAAUGUAGCUAUAAAGAAACUUAGCCGGCCUUUUCAGAAUCAGACUCACGCCAAGCGAGCAUACAGAGAGCUGGUACUAAUGAAGUGUGUCAACCAUAAAAACAUUAUUGGCCUUUUAAAUGUGUUUACACCACAAAAAACAUUAGAAGAAUUUCAAGACGUUUACCUUGUAAUGGAGCUGAUGGAUGCCAACCUUUGCCAAGUCAUUCAGAUGGAGCUUGACCAUGAGCGGCUGUCCUAUCUGCUGUACCAGAUGCUGUGUGGAAUUAAACACCUCCACGCGGCAGGGAUCAUCCACAGGGAUCUGAAACCUAGUAACAUUGUAGUCAAGUCCGACUGUACCUUGAAGAUCCUGGACUUUGGCUUGGCCCGGACAGCAGCCACUGGUUUGCUGAUGACACCAUAUGUGGUGACCCGCUACUACAGAGCCCCAGAAGUCAUCCUGGGAAUGGGAUAUCAAGCCAACGUGGACAUUUGGUCUGUGGGCUGCAUUUUGGCAGAAAUGGUUCGUCACAAAAUCCUUUUCCCAGGAAGGGACUGUAUCCUUGCAUGCUCUGAAGAUGUAAGAUGGAGAAAAGCUGUAGAAACACCUACACCUACAAUUGAUGUCUGGUCUGUUGGCUGUAUCAUGGCUGAAAUGGUCAGAGGUAGUGUGUUGUUUCCAGGCACUGAUCAUAUUGAUCAGUGGAACAAAGUCAUUGAGCAGCUGGGGACCCCGUCUCAAGAGUUCCUGAUGAAACUCAAUCAGUCUGUAAGGACGUAUGUGGAGAACCGGCCUCGCUAUGCUGGGUACAGCUUUGAGAAGCUUUUCCCUGAUGUUCUUUUCCCUGCUGAUUCCGAUCACAAUAAACUGAAAGCGAGUCAGGCUCGAGAUCUGCUUUCCAAAACGCUCGUUAUAGAUGCUUCCAAGCGCAUCUCAGUAGAUGAAGCUCUACAGCACCCCUACAUUAAUGUGUGGUAUGAUCCAGCUGAGGUUGAGGCUCCCCCUCCGGUGAUCACCGACAAGCAGUUGGAUGAAAGGGAGCACACAGUGGAGGAGUGGAAAGAGUUGAUUUAUAAGGAAGUGCUGGACUGGGAGGACAGGAUGAAGAAUGGCGUGAUCCGUGGCCAGCCCUCCCCUCUAGGUGGAGCAGUAGUCAAUGGCUCGCCCCAGGCUUCCUCCUCCUCCUCCAUCAACGAUGUGUCCUCCAUGUCUACCGAGCCCACCAUGGCGUCAGACACAGACAGCAGUCUGGAGGCCACAGCCGGAGCACUGAGCUGCUGCAGAUGACUAUCACCUUCCCCUGGAGCAUCGCUGUGUGUUGCAUGGUAUCAGAUUUAGGCCAGUCAGUUUUGCUUUUCUUAACACUCAUCCUUUAAAGAUCUUUUCUAAUUUAUAACUUUAUUGGCUAAUGGAGGCUUGCAAUGCAAAGGCAAAUGUAAAUACACAGUCAGUGAUAAGUGUGUAGGUUGGCAUUAUUUGCUUCCUCCCUGAAUAUUGCAAUAUUCCAUCGUCAUUUUAUUCUCACAUCAAGAAGCUCCAGCAGCCCCUAAAUACUAAACAUGAGUACUUUUAACACGCUCGCUCAAUUCCUCCUGUCGAAGAACAUAUUGGUGUAGAAUGUAAAGACUAAAUUGUAAAUAUAUAUAUUUUUUUCUUUUCUUUUACUUUAUAUUUGUGUGUUUUAUGUUUGAGUGGAUGUAUCAGGGACUACAAACUUCCUUAAAGUAUUUUGAUCAUUUUAGAUGCAUAUACUGCUCUCAGUGUAGAAUAGCUAUUUGAUUUCUGUUGUUUUCAGAAGGUUUCUACUUGGUGGUUUUUACAACUCAGACCUAGAAUUUGUUUUAUUUGUACAAUUUUUUUUUUUUUUGAUCAAGGAAUCAUUUAUGGCAUCCAAAGUACUUAAUUUACACAGUAUAAAAGUUAUGCAAUGGGGUAGCAUGGAUCUUUAGUUUGUAAGUUAAUUUAUUUUUCUGGUCGUUUGUGGCAAAUGACUGAGCUAUUGUGCGUCAAUCAUUUUAAUAAUUGCUUUCUGAAUUAUUAUUCCCAGUUUUUGUACAACGGAUUUGACCUGUAAUUCACAUUUUAUGAUUAAUGGAUGUUUAAUCCAGUUGAAACAGUAUUAAUGGUAGUUCUCUUAUACUUGAAAUGCUGUCCUGCAUUGAAUGUGGAGUAUGUCAUUGUGAAUCAAGGAAAGUAUUUUGCAAUUUAUUUAUAGUUCAUGACAUCAUCUGAUUUAUUUUUGUGACAAAUAUUUCACUGGUUUUUAAUAGUACUUUUAUUCAUAUUUUUGGAAAGGUCUUUAAUGGAAAGCUUUGUAAUGACCGGUGCUGUAAAAAUAAAUGUGUAGUGUUCUUAGUA